AUGUCACCGCCGCAGUGGCACGUGGCCAGAAGCCUCGCAUUGUGGUAUUCGCGUUUUGGUUCGCGCGUGCGGGUGCACAUAAGUCGUUUUCGCUCUUGCGGAAGUGCAAAGGUCUUGGUGCGUUUGUCGUCUUCUAUCAGACAGAACCGGGUGAAGUUUAGGGUGCGUAAUUUUCACGCGGGCCGCAUUAUGUGCGAUGGUUUAUGCGACGAGAUCUGGGAUUACUCGUAUACGAAUUUGGACAACUACCCCGAAUAUUGGAGACGUGUUCAAAACCAAUAUGUGCCCCCAGGGUAUGCGCGGGCCUUGGACCUUGGCGUUAGCGUGGUGAAGAAGGAUGCACAUGUGGAGAAUGUUGGUUUCCUAGGCGAUUGGGAACACCGACAUGAUGAAAGAGGAGCUCUGUUGUAUCCAAUGUACCGCGAAGUGUUCGGUACCAAGCUAGUCCCCAGUAAUGGUAUCCACACGGCAGAAGUUUUCAUUAGGUUCUUCACAGACUAUCCGGUGCAAUUGAACACUUACAAGGUUGAGAGUUGUUGCCCAAGUACGAAUGCGCUGACGGCAUUACGCAUUGCGCAGCUCAUCUCGAAUCGAGCCUGCGUUAUAUCGGUUCGCACCUACCCGUAUGACGAGGAGGAGUGGCAGGGCAUAGUGCACUUCGCGGAGCGGUCCCAAAUAGCCAACUUGUUCGACGAGAAGAGCAGGGAUGUCGGCAACUGCCAGAAACAGACCUUCGAGAAGUUCAAAAUCAAGUUCAAGCCGUUGUCGAUUUUGAAGCGCUCUGGCUUCUUCGACGUUUGGUAUCUCUUUGCGCAUCGUGGACUCCUUCACAUGAUGGUCGAUGGUGUUUAG